AUGUUAGAAGAAUGGGAAGACAGAAAUACGCGCAAGAAGAGAAUAACUCGUUCUGGGGGUAAUCCUAUUCAAAGUUCUUCUCAUCAAAUUGAUUCACGUAAAGUUUUGAAACUCCAUCCGCAGAAAAUUGCAAAACAAAGUGAUUCAAUACUAUCGCAGAGGCAAAAACAAAAAGAUUACAUGGAACGAAAGAAAAUAUUAUGGAGUUUGGCCCACGGUAGUUCAAGAGUGAACUUGAAAAAAGACGCUUUCAAAACGAAAAAUAAAGUAGAGGAAGGCUUUCAGUCGGACCUAGAUAAUCAUUAA